UCUAGCUUGCAAAAGUAAACCCUAAUUUACUUUUACAUUAAAGAUUGGUCACCAUUUGGCAGACCCAUUAAAGAGGAGCUCCGUAUAUAGCCUUGGUUUUCCACGUGGCAAAAUACUAUUGAGCCUCAGCAUGGACCAAUAAGAUGUAUGUGUAGGGCAGAGGCGUGUAAGCCAUGGCCCUCUCCCCUACUCUCGGUUUCUCCCAACUUCCUAAGUUUUGUUAGUCGAGAGAGAGCCGACUGAUGACUCACACUGUUUGCUAUCAAUGGUCAUGAAUAGAGAGAGCUUCAUCUUUAUCUUCAUAAACAAACAAAGGUUGACGUGAUCUGGAGAUCAUCACAACUCUCACACGCCAUGUUUCACUUCAUGCUUGUGCCAUCUUGUGGAGGAAGCACAAAUCCCCACCGCCUGAUGUGGACGUACAAAGUGGGUCUCCUUUAAUCCUCCUCCCAUUUUAAGUAUUGAGUUGAACUCUUCAGCCUUCCCUCUUCUCUGAUGAAUUAAAUAACAUCUCUGUCUCUUUCUCUCACUCUCCAAUCUUCUCUCUGGUCACGAACGGAGAGUAGCCCCUCCUCCUUUCCUGUCUCUCAUGAUCAUGGAAGCUCGUUGCAAACUCAAUAACGACCCUCAGUCGACCCAUUUCAUUAGCAGUUUCCCUUCGAACCUCCUACUGAACUAUGUCUUUCCGCUGCUUUUCGAUUUCCUCGGAUUUCUUACUCUCUCAGUUGUGGUCUUCAUGGAAGCUAGUUUCUUCCUAUAUCGAUGGAGACCCAUGUGUCAUCUCCUGCCAUUGUCUUGUUUAAUUGCAUACCUUGCGUUUGAACGCUUCCUUUCAAGGGCCCCUACUUAUCUGGUUGAUUUUUCUUGUCUCAGACCGCCCGGCUUCUGCAGGGUCCCUUUCUCGACUUUCAUCGAACAUGUUGCCAUGAUGAAAAGCUUCGACGAAGCGAGUGUCGCUUUCAUGGCCAAAAUCAUCACUACAUCUGGACAAGGAGAAGAGACUUACCUCCCACCUUCUCUGCACUUCCUCCCACCACGAACCCACCAACUGGAAUGCCUUAAAGAAGUCCAUAUGGUCCUUUUCCCUGUCAUGGACGACCUUCUCUGCAAAACUAAGAUUUCUCCACGUGACAUCGACAUCCUCAUCGUCAACUGUAGCGGCUUCUGUCCAUCUCCUUCUCUCUCUUCCAUCGUCGUCAACCGGUACGCCAUGAGAGCUGACAUUAAGACCUUUAACCUCUCUGGAAUGGGGUGCAGUGCUGGGGCGAUCGGCAUCAAUCUCGCCAGCAAUCUGCUAAAGAUUCACAGGAACUCCUACGCCGUCGUUCUAAGCACGGAGAUCGUCUCCACCGGCUGGUACGACGGAAACGAGCGAUCCAAGUUGCUCCUCAACUGCCUCUUCCGCAUGGGUAGUGCUGCAAUCUUGCUUACCAACAGAAAAGAAGCCGAAGAGACGUCGAAAUACAAGUUAUUUCGAACAGUGAGAACUCAGAGAGCAUUCGACGAUAAAGCCUACCUCUCCGCAAUACGGGAGGAGGAUUCCAAAGGCAUAACCGGGGUUACCCUCACCCGAGAUUUACUCAAGGUCGCCGGCGAGACACUCCGGUCGAACGCAACAGUUCUCGGUGCAUCGAUCUUGCCUUUAUCAGAGAAGGUCCGUCAUAGUCUCUCGGUACUACGGCAGCGAUUCAUCAACCCAUGUAAAGGUGUUUACGUGCCAGACUUCAGGUCUGUGAUACGGCAUUACUGCAUACCAACAUCGGGGAUAGCGGUAAUCAGGGAGAUAGGUAAAGGGUUGAAGCUGAGCGAAGAGGAGAUGGAAGCAGCGAUGAUGACGUUCCAUCGGUUCGGAAACCUGUCGUCGUCGGCGAUGUGGUACGAGCUGGCUUACAUGGAAGCCAAGGAGAGCGUGAAGAUAGGUGACAAGGUGUGGCAGCUUGGAAUGGGUACUGGGCCCAAGUCCAAUAGCGUUGUGUGGGAGUGCCUAAGGGACAUCGAUGAAAGGAAAAGAGGCCCAUGGUAUGACUGCAUCGAUCGCUAUCCUAUCACCGUUGGUGGCAUACUUUGACGAUCAAGAUGAUGAUGAUGAUCACUACACUUAUAUAGCUGUAGCUGCCUGAUGUUGAAAACUUUUGUUAGUUUUUAAAAGACUUUAGACUUGGAGUGUUUGGUUUUGUUUUGAAUUUUGAUGUAAUGGGCAAUUUUAUUUUUAUGGGCUCGGCCUCUGGGCACACAAUCUGGGCCGGGCCAGGAUGGAUUCAACCCGAGAAGAAAAAACAAAAAUCCAGAUCCACCCCCGACUUUAUUAUUAAUGUAAUAAUGUAACGGCAGCAGAGAAUUAAAUACAUGAAGCAGCACGAAUAA